GAAAUUCAUGGUCCUUUUUAUUAUUGACUGACCACAUUUGACCACUGCAAUGCGCAAAUUGUUUGAACUUCUGCAUGGGCAUUACGAUUGUGCAAGAUCUUGGGGGAGUUACAAAGAAAGGAGGCGAAAAAAAGCAUACGAACAAAAUUUCACUACUGGUAGCUCAUCCUCGCCAUGGCUCAAGAAAGUAAUAAAAAACUACCCACACAUAAACCGCCGCCGCCCACAUCCACCUGCACACCUGCACCCACACCCACCGCUACAACGCCCGCAUAUGCGACCCCUUGCUGGGUGCAGGAGCAACCCUUGGAUAUGCAGAGAGAGAAACCGUCGACCUAACGCUCAAAUGCGGUGUUGUGCAAAUAAGUGCAUUGACGUGUCUUCUAAUGUUAAUCACUGUGGUUCAUGCGGAGUUAGGUGCCCUUUUAGUUGGCUAUGUUGCCAUGGAAUUUGUGUUGACGUCAAUAUUAGCCCCUACAAUUGUGGCGAAUGUGGGAACAAAUGCCCCUUGGGGAUCUACUGCGAUUAUGGGAUGUGUGGGUACUCUGAGCCCGAGCCCGAACCCGAGCCAGACCCAGACCCUGAGCCCGAACCCGAACCUGAGCCAGAGCCAGAGCCAGACCCUGAGCCCGAGCCCGAGCCAGAGCCAGAGCCCGAACCUGAGCCUGAGCCUGAGCCUGAGCCUCUACCUCCAUGGCGUCCACAUCCGCGUCCUCGUCUUCGCCCUCACCGUCGCCCUCGCCCUCGUUCUCGAUUUCCAUUUCCUCCGAAACUGCUCAGACCAUGGCCGCAUUACCCACCUAAAGGUGAUAAGCUGCCAGCAAAUGCAACAAAUCCAAGCUCUUGAUGUUGCAUGUUUCCUGCUAACGUGGAAGUUUUCUUGCUCCACCAAUUUUCUCGUUUUAUACCAUGGCAUCUCUUCUAGUUAGGACAUAUUCAAGGAAGAAUGUUGAGUUGUGUUUUAUAAUAUUAUCUUGUGACUAUUGU